AUGAACCCUGCUUCCUCCCGAGCCGCGGUGCGCUCUAUGGCCACCUUAACACAUGCGACCAGAGCUGCCAACCCCGCAGCCCGCAACCUUCUGUCGGUCGCUGCUCGCUCUCCGGCCGUUUCCCGAGCUCUUAGUUCCAAUAGCCGUCAGUUCGGACAGUUUCCCCGCCUCCAGUUCCUGAACAACAACAAGAGAGCCUUCAGCACAACCGUCACCAUGUCUUCGGGUUCUCGUACUGAGAGCGAUGCCUUUGGCGAGAUCCAGGUCCCUGGAGACAAGUACUGGGGUGCCCAGACCCAGCGCUCCCUGGGCAACUUCGACAUCAACCAGCCCCAGGACCGCAUGCCCGCCCCCGUGGUCAAGGCCUUCGGUAUCCUCAAGGGUGCUGCCGCUACCGUCAACAUGAAGUACGGCCUUGACCCCAAGAUUGGUGAGGCCAUCAAACAGGCCGCCGCUGAGGUCGCCGAGGGCAAGCUGCUGGACCACUUCCCUCUGGUUGUCUGGCAGACCGGCUCCGGUACCCAGUCCAACAUGAACUCCAACGAAGUCAUCUCCAACCGCGCCAUUGAGAUCAUGGGUGGCACCAUGGGUACCAAGAAGCCCGUCCACCCCAAUGACCACGUCAACAUGUCGGCCUCCUCCAACGACUCCUUCCCUACCGUCAUGCACAUUGCCGCCGUUGUUGAACUCGAGAACACCCUCCUGCCCUCCCUCAAGGCCCUGCGCAACGCUCUGCAGGAGAAGGUCGAGAAGUUCGAGCACCUGAUCAAGAUUGGCCGUACCCACUUGCAGGAUGCCACUCCCCUCACUCUGGGCCAGGAGUUCUCCGGCUACGUCGCCCAGCUGGAUCGCAACGUCGAGCGCGUUGAGGCCAGCCUCCCCCACCUUCGCUUCCUCGCUCAGGGUGGUACCGCCGUCGGUACCGGUCUGAACACCUUCAAGGGCUUCGACGAGGCCGUUGCCGCCGAGAUCAGCAAGAUGACCGGCACCGAGUUCAAGACCGCCCCCAACAAGUUUGAGGUCCUGGCCGCCCACGACUCCAUCGUCGAGGCCUCCGGCUCCCUGAACACUCUCGCCGCCUCGCUGUUCAAGAUCGCCCAGGAUGUGCGCUACCUCGGCUCCGGCCCCCGCUGCGGUCUGGGCGAGCUGAUCCUCCCCGAGAACGAGCCCGGCUCGUCCAUCAUGCCCGGCAAGGUUAACCCCACCCAGUGCGAGUCUCUCACCAUGGUCUGCGCCCAGGUUAUGGGUAACCACGUCGCCGCGACCAUCGGCGGCAUGAACGGCCAGUUCGAGCUGAACGUCUUCAAGCCCGUCAUGAUCCGCAACCUGCUCCACAGCGUGCGCAUCCUGUCCGACGGCAUGGACAGCUUCCGUCUCCACCUGGUGGACGGCCUGGAGGCCAAUGAGUCGCGCAUCAACUCCCUUCUUCACGAGAGUCUGAUGCUCGUGACCUGCCUGAACCCCGUUAUUGGCUACGACAUGGCCUCUAAGGUGGCCAAGAACGCCCACAAGAAGGGCAUCACCCUGAAGGAGAGCGCUAUGGAGCUCAAGGCUCUCAGCGAGGAGGACUUCGACAAGCACGUCCGUCCCGAGCUGAUGCUGGCUCCCAAGGAGUUGAAAUAA